AUGGUCAAAGUAACAAUUCUCGGCGCCGGAGUCACCGGCAUGACCAUUGCCAGCUGCCUGCCCAAGGACUCGGAGAUCACCAUUGUCGGCGCCCACCUGCCCGGCGACGCCCCGAGCAAGGAAUGGGCCAGUCCCUGGGCCGCCGCCAUCUGGGUCGGAGUGCACGAAUCCAGCCCGCGCGAGCAGGCGAUGCAGCUGCGCGCCUUUGCCGGCCUGUGGGCGCUGGCCGAGACCGACCCGGCGUCGAGCGUGCGCCGCACGACCGUCACCGAGAUCAUGGACAUGGGCUGCAAGGCCGACGUGUGGUACCAGUACAAGGUGCCCGACUUUCGCUUCCUGGGGCCCGGCGAGCUGCCCCAGGGCGCCCUGUACGGCAUGAGAUACUCCUCCGUGGUCAUCACCCCGACGGUCUUUCUGCCCUGGAUGGCGGCCCGGCUGCAGGCCCAGGGCGUGCGCUUCCAACGGCUCAAAGUCACCUCGCUCGCCCAGCUGCAGGGUAUGGGCCACGACAUCCUUAUCAACGCCUCGGGCUAUGGCUCCAAAACCCUCCUGGACGUGCAGGACUCGGCCAUGCUGCCGGUGCGUCUGCAGUCCGCCAUCAUCAAGCACCCCACGUAUCAAGGCCUACACAUCCACCGUGGCCGGGACUACUAUUCCACCCAGUUUUCUCGCUUGGACGGCACCGUCUAUAUCGGCGGCAUCAUUGAGUAUGGCUCCGAUGAUGUAUCGGUCACCGAAGAUGGUCGGGACUUGAUCUUCCGUCGUGCCCACCAGGAGCAGCCGGAAGUGUUUACCUCGCCAGACGCCCAGGAUUACGACCUCGUCAGCGACCAUACGGGCUUCUAUCCCAUGCGGGCCCGCGACAAGGGCGGCGUGCGCGUGGAAAAGGAGCUGCUCGGGUCGCAGAAGGUCAUCCAUGCCUAUGGCCAGCACGCGGGGGGUUAUGUCUUCAGCUUCGGCAUCGCUCACGAAGUGGCCAAUUUGGUUGCCGAGUUUAUGGACCAGAUCCCGGCCACUUCGACUCCUGUUCGUCCUGCUCGACUGUCGUAA